AUGAAGGAACGAACGAACGAAUUAAAAAAUAAACAAGAACAAACAGGCCAUGUAUGCAGAUGUGCUCGAGGGAGCAAAUCCGUCCUGGAACGGCGACCAACAGCUGGAAAGAGGAAUACUGGCAGACCAUUAAACCGCUGGUCCGAUGACAUUGAAAACCAUGCCGGGAUAACCUGGGCCAGAAAAUCCUUUUUGGAGGAGAAUAUGCCCAGCAGUGGGCGAAUUUUUGCUCAAGGAGAAGAGAAACAGAUUAGAUAUUAUUACUUGGGGUUGCUUUGUGAACAGACCAAUGAGAAGCGAGCCAUGGGAGGAAAAGAAGUAGCUAGUACACACUAUUAACUUAGGAUCAUAUUCUUCAAUUUCAGUUCAAGAGACAACAUGCUGCCAAAUCACCUGAAACUGAACUCCGCACUGACCUGCCGCCUGGUCGGGGGUCUGACCAGAGACCAAAGAGCUGUCUGUCACGAAGUACCUGAUGCAGCCGCCAUAGCGUUUGAGGGUCUUCAGAUGGCGGUCAAGGAAUGCCAGCAUCAGUUCCGAUGGCACAGGUGGAACUGUUCCAGCCUGGUCACCAAAAGUGCUAAUCCACAUUCCAGUGCUAUUAUGAAAAGAGGUUUCCGGGAAGCAGGAUUCCUCUACGCCCUAACCGCUGCAGGAGUAGCCCAUGCCAUUGCCAGAGCAUGUGCCCAGGGUCGCUUGCUAUCCUGCGGAUGUGAUCCCCUGGGUUACCGAGCCUCGCACGACCCCAGGGGACGAGCGAGGGCCAACAAAUGGGAGUGGAGCGGGUGUUCCCACAACCUCGCGUACGGAAUCGAGUUUUCUAGAAAAUUCUUGGACGUGAGAGAUAAGGUCGAUGACCUGCAGUCGAAGAUCAAUGUGCACAACAACAACGCGGGAAGAUCGAUACUAUCAUCCCACAUGGAGGUGCGCUGCAAAUGCCAUGGUCUAUCAGGUAGCUGCCAGCUCAGGACUUGCUGGAGGACCACGCCUGACUUCAGAGUGGUGGCUUCUACCAUCAAGCGUCAAUAUCGGAAGGCUCUGAUAGUGGCUCAAGAGGAACUGAACAGCGGGGUGACAGUGCUUAAAGGUAGACCUCGAGGUCGCAGGAGGAGCCGAGCGAAACCAGCGCCAAAGACCAGUCUACUAUUCUUUGAGAAGUCACCAAGUUUCUGCGACGUGGACCCUAAAACGGACUCUGCUGGGACCUCAGGUCGGGUCUGUCGCAUCGGUAGGACCUCCCGCUCAGGAUCCUGUGACCUCCUCUGCUGCGGGAGAGGACACGCCCUCAUCAGAAAGUCCAGCAUCAAGCCGUGCAAUUGCACCUUCCAUUGGUGCUGUAGAGUGGACUGUCAGAGGUGUAAAGACGAUAAGUGGAUAGCGAUUUGUAAGUAAGUUUGGUUAGUUGAUCGCUGAAGUAAUCGUUCUUUUAGAUAAAUCAGAUAAAUUAGCAUCUGAAGUUGGAGAUUGUUGUGUAGACCCUCUGAGAUGUUAACAACAUAAAUGAGGAACAGUUUGUGAAUUUCAUGACUUGAUUGCUAAAGAGAUAUCUGUUUUAAAUGAAUACGGUGAUUUUUAUACCGAAUUGAUUGUUUUUUUAGAAUAGCCGAGAUGUAAAGAUGAUAAAUGGCUGGGAUUUGUAAAUAAGUUUGGUGACUUAAUCUGAAUGAAUUUG